GUAUUUGCUGUAUUAUACUAAUGAAAUGAGCUAAGGUAGUAGUGUAGUCCAGUUAACUUUUUACACUCAUGGGCAGGCACUGUGUAGCCCCGCCCCCAUCGGGGUAUUUCCUGCGUAGUAAGCUUUAAGAGUUGAGCUUCAACUUCCCAAAUAUGACCAGUGCAAGUUUACACUCUUCUUCUGAAACCGUUUUUCUGCAAAGUGUCCGUCUCGCUCAGCUUUAUGGCUUAUUAAUGUGCUCGGGGAGUGAAAACUGAACCAUGUCAUGUGAGAAACAGACCAAAACACUCGUUUUUAACUUUUUGUUUGUUUUGUGCUGUCAUGUGUGUUUAAAGGAAAACAGUUAAAUAUGGCGUUUGGUCGUUGAAAGUGAACAGGCGGAGUGUGCUGAUUUCUGACCAUGGCCGAUCCCACGAAGAAGCUGAAAAAGCCCGACGUGAAAAUUGUCAUGCUGGGUGACAUGAAUGUGGGGAAAACAUCUUUGCUCCACAGGUACACCGAGAGGAAAUUCAAGGAUACAGUGAGCACAGUUGGAGGGGCGUUCUUUCUCAAGCAGUGGGGACCCUACAAUAUCUCCAUAUGGGACACUGCAGGUCGGGAGCAGUUCCAUGGUCUUGGCUCUAUGUACUGUCGUGGUGCGGCUGCAGUCAUCCUCACCUAUGACAUGACCAGUUGGCAAAGCUACGUAGAGCUGGAGGACCGCUUCCUAUCCCUAACCGACACUGCCAAUGCCGACUGCAUCUUUGCCAUAGUAGGCAACAAAGCUGACCUGACUGACUCGCAUGCCCAGGCUUCAAAUCCAGAGGGAGAGGAGGGGACCGAGCCUGCACGCUUGUCUCUUUCUUCUUCCUCACUUCAGCGCAAACAGGUGAACAGAGAGGAUGCCAUGGCUCUGUAUGGACGUGUGCUACUUUACAAAGGGCUGGACCAGAAGGCCUGUCUGCCCGCUGAAAGCAUGUGCUUUGAGACCAGUGCUAAAACUGCCUACAAUGUGGAUGUGUUGUUUGAAACAGUGUUUGACUUGGUGGUGCCCUCAAUCCUGAAGAAGCGGAGUGAAGGCGAGAGCUCCACUGUUGACCUGGAAGCACCCAGCACAGGCAAGAGGACUAAAGCUGGCUGCUGUGCCUAGGAGGAGGGUCAAGAAAGGGAAUGCGGAUUUACUCCUUAAUACAGUGAAGGCACAGAAGGUUGUUUACAUUUCAUGGGAAAUUCUGCAAACCCUUUCUGUUAGAAUUUUCUAUAAAUCAUUUGUAAUGAUCAGUGUUGAGAAUUAUUACUCACCAUAAAAAAAAAGUAUUAGUCGAGUUCAAGACAGUAUGAAGACAACACUUAAGUUGUUCAACAGUAUUUUUAACUUGCCCUGCUGUAAUGACACACAAUUUUAUGUGAUGCACUGUGAUUCUUGGUGCUUCCACUUAUCACCUUUUUUUAAAUGAAACCAUCUUGUAACAAAUGUGCAAAAAUAUAAAUAAAAAGUAUGAAUUUUAUCCAUUAGAAAAAUAAACGGUACACAUGAUCGUAAGUUAGCAUGCAGAUAAUCUUCAUUUAUCCAUCUUCAGUACCUGCUUUAUCCUGGUCAGGGUGACAGUGGAUCCAGUGAUGUAGAGGAGCCCCCUUGUGGUGGGGGCAAAAAAAAGCCAGACCACAAAUAUAGCAAGAAGAAGUUCAAGGUAAGGGUAUUUUCUGAACUAUUAGCUGCCUUAAAAUCAGAUAGGCGUAGAAAUUCCUCUUCCCCAAGCUUGGUGUUGUAACAUGCACGUCGAUGAGAUUUUUGCAAUGUACACUAUAUGACCAAAAUUAUGUGGCUACUUAACCAUUACAAUCACAUAUGCUUGUUAAACAUCCUAUUCCAGAGUUUGUCACCCCUUUGCUGCUAUAACACUCUGUCCCACUCUUCUGGGAAGGCUUUUUGCUAUAGUUUGGAAUAUGGCUUUGGGGAUUUGCCCAUUCUGACAAAAGGAUUAGUGAGAUCAGGCACUGACGUCGGGCCAGGAGGCCUGCGGUGUAGUCGGCAUUCCAGUUCAUCCUAAAGGUGUUCAGUGGGUUUGAGGUCAGGGCUCGGUGCAGGCCAUUAGAGUUCUUCCACACCAACCUUGGCAAACCAUGUAUUUAUGGUUCUCGCUUUGUGCACAGGGGCAUUAUCAACAGGUUUGGGGUUUUACUUCCACUGAAGGGAAAUCCUAAAACUACAGUAUAGAAGGACAUUCUAUACUAUAUUGAGUGCUUCAAACUUUUUUGACAACAUUUUGGGGAAGGCCCACAUAUGGGUGUGAUUGUCAGUUGUCCUCAUACAGUACUUUAAUCUAAAUAGUGUCGUUUCACCCCUAUUAAUUAUACUGCUGAGUGCACCACCCUGCCUCCCACAGAUACUCAUAAUAGUAUUAAUUAUGUUUUUCUUUUUACACUUUGUCAUGGGUAAUAUGUUUGGAAUGAUGGAAAGAAAUGCCUCAACUUAUCCAACUAUAUUACAGUUGUCAGUGUUAUGUGAGUUUGAUGAAGCUGGUUGUUGAAUGUUUGCCUUGUUUUGUGUUUAACAGAUUCUUUACCCAUAUAGCAGUAGCCAUGUUUAUAACUCAAAAUGUCACAAAACAUUCAUGUUCAUCCUUAAAGAGACAAUAAUCAUAAACCUGUCCUGAUGAUC